UAUUGUUAUAAAUAACUAAAAAAACCAUCUUUAUCUCCCUGAACACACGGACGACGCGCUCAUAUCAAAAUGACGCAGUGAAUUCGCGUAUCCGUGUAGAUAGCGUAUCAAUCUGCAUGUCAACACAAGUUUUGUGUUAGAAGUGAGCAAUAAAUAAACAUGAAAGUCGAUGUUCUCGUGUUGUUGUGUAUUUCGUAUCUUAAAAGUUGUUUAUCUUUCAAAGUGCAGUUUCGUAGUUGCGAGGAGAAAGGUUUUCAGUGUGUCGAUUCUGUGUCGCAUUCGGGAAGACAAGAUGUGACCUAUGAAUGCCCCAGUGACGAUUUAAAGGAUAUAACGCUCGAUUUCUGGAUUUGGGAUUUGCCGCCCAAUAUCGACAUCGACAAGCUCACCAUAAAGAAUUGCCACACUUUACGUUUAAGAUUCGGUUGCACUGAGCUCUACCGAAACAUUACCAUUUUAUACGUGCACCACGUCGUCAACUUGAGAAUCUUCGAAGAUGACACCAGUUGCAAUCCUACGGCGGUUAUUUUCGAACACGUGGAUUUCAUACGCAGCAUACCCAAGCGUUCCUUUUCGCAAGCGCGUUGUCACGAACAGCACUGUGGACUCAAGCAGCUGGUUUUUGAAAAUGUCAAAAUUGGCGUGAUCGAGACGAAUGCAAUUGAACUAUCGGACAGCGUUCAGCUCUUUCGCAUCACCAACACGAUGAUCGACUUGAUCGAGGCGGCUGGCAUCCGAAUUUCCGCUAGAAAAUUUGCGAGCGUUUACAUUCUAAACAGUGCAAUGGACAACGUGGAGGCGCUCGGCGUCCAGGUGGACGCGUCCAAAUUUGUAAUCGCCGAUACCAGCAUCGACGACCUGUCCUUUGCAGGAAUAAGCGCAAGCGUGCGAACAUUUGAGUUUACUUCCAACUCCAUUGGAAACUCCUCGUCCGGGGCACUCGCCAUUAGUGCCGAAAGCGUCGACGUUUUAAGAAAUAAAUUCCAAUACCUACAAUCGGGGGCGUUUAACAAGAUAGGCCCUCGACAAGGAAUAUUCAGGUUCAACUUCUUGGGGAAUUACGUUAGGUACGUCGACGUUGGUGGUUUGCAUCCCCAAGAUGGGAGUCGCGUGCACACUACCUACGCAAAUAACUCGUUUUACUGUACAUGUGAGGGUCUAUCUUGGCUCGGUUGUAACACUAGCUUUGGAGUAGGAUAUGAACCGAUAAACGACUUCUAUAAACAUAUUUUGGAGAAAGCUAACAAUAACACGUGCAUAUUUGAUUCGGACUGCAUUUUGCCGUUGGGAGCAGUGCAAAAAAUUGCACCGAAUGGGAUAUGCCAAACGUCAACAAUCUACGACCAAAGUAGAUUUUGUGAUAACUACGACGAUAGUUCAUCAGCAAGGUUGACGAAUAGCCUACGCCUUGCGUUCAGUUGUUUCGCUGUCUUAAUUUAUUACAAUUUUCAGUAUUUGUGUAUUCUGUGAUAUUAUGUGAGUGAUUGUUUUGUUUCAUCAAAUGUAUGAUUUGUACGUUACCUACUCUUUGUUGUUCAGGCUGAAUACUAAGCGCAUUAAAUCGAUAUUAUUUUGUAA